AUGGCAUCAACAUCAGAACUUGCUUGCGUGUACAGUGCUCUCAUUCUCCACGAUGAUGGAAUCGCCAUCACGGUACGUAAUAAUCAAAAUGACGGAAUUGUUAUAGGAUAAGUAUCGUUCAUUUUAAGUGGCUGUGAUGAACUUACACCUCUGACAUAUGAUCGUAAAAGGGUGAUUCCAUUUUUUAAAUUCUGAGCCGCUUGUAUGUGAUUAUAUUGGAAAAUUAGUUUCGAAUCCAGAUGUAAGAAUUCUGUGACAUGUUUCCAGUUUCCACGUGAAUGCUGGUUUUUGAUCGAUUUAUGCAUCAAUUUAAACCAAGUCUUUAUGAUUAAUCAAUUCAGACAUAAUUCGGUACAAGGUUGUUCUUGGUUUCAUAUUUAAAGCAUAAACAUGGUAAGCACAAUAAUUUAUUUUACGAAACUUUUUACCCUUUGACUCCAUGUGUGACCAAGACAGAAUUUCUCCUUUAUGUCCAUAUAAUAUAAAGCAGAAAAAUAACUGGAAUAAUGAAAAAUAUCUACUAGGGGACUAUUCAGGUAUACUGAAUAUAGGGGGUAAGUUUCUUAAGAAACUGUGGUAGUGUGUUGGUGGGAGAGUAUAUUGCUCUGACAAAGGGCUAAUGCUCAAAACAUCAGCCUAUUAACUCUUUACGAUGGCCAAUUUACGUCUUCAACUCAGCUGUUAACGCUAUACAACUAGUAUACCUGCUAUUCAGGUAUUCUCAAUUCUAAGAUCAUGAGAAUUGUAAGAAUUGUAAGGAGAAUUACUUAUGAGAUUUUUGGAGUGAAAGGGUUAUAUUAGCACAUAUAACUUGUGAGGAGAAAAAUGAUGAGGAAGCAUUAUUAUUUUGCAUGGUAAAGUUUAAAUUUACAGCUGGAGUUGCUAUAGAAAGUUAAUCUUGAAGCCCUGGCUGCAGUUUAAACCUAGAAAUCAGUACAAUAUUGCUUGACAGAUAAAAAUUAUGCUAUCUUAGGAUAUGAAAUGUAUUCUUGCUUUAAUAUACUAUAUUCUUACUGUUACUCAACAGGCAGAGAAGAUCGAAAAGUUAAUUAAGGCUGCCAAAGUUGAUGUAGAACCCUUCUGGCCAGGACUGUUUGCCAAAGCCUUGGAGGGACACAGUCUAGAAAGCCUUAUCCAGAGUGCUGGUGCACCUGGUGCAGGAGGGGCUGCUGCCCCUGCUACAGGAGGUGGUGGUGCUCCUGCUGCUGGUGGUGGAGAUGAGGCUAAGGAAGAAGAAAAGAAGGAAGAGAAGAAAGAUGAAUCUGAGGAAUCAGAUGAUGACAUGGGAUUUGGUGAGUUUAAA